ACCAACUGCAUCUACGACUAUCGACAAGCAUAUAUACGGCGGUCGGCGAUCUCGAGUUGCCUGGUCAUGACAUUCUCCGCAUAGGAGCCACGUAACACCAUGGCUCGCUUCUACCCACCGUCCUCGAGACGGCGACGAGCAUGGCCAUCUCUUCUCACAGUCUUCAGCCUUUUCACUACGACAUGGCUGUCACUCGCGGACGCAGCGGCGACCAAAUCCGCCGCCGAUUACUAUGUACACGACCUACCUGGCGCACCCCCGGAACCACGAUUGGACAUGUUCGCGGGCCACAUCGAGGUCGUGCCGGAACAUCAUGGACACCUUUUCUUUUGGUUGUUCAAGAACCGGCAUAUUGCGAAUCGACAGCGAACGGUCAUAUGGUUCAACGGAGGGCCGGGAUGUAGUAGCAUGGAUGGAGCAUUGAUGGAGAAUGGACCAUAUCGAGUGAACGAGAACGGAACGUUGCGAUUUACAGACGGCGGCUGGGACGAGUUUGCAAAUGUUGUAUAUGUGGACCAACCAGUGGGCACGGGGUUCAGCUAUAUCGACACCGAUUCUUAUGUCCAUGAGAUGCCGGCCGUCAAGAAGGAGAUGAUUACAUUCUUGACCAGGUUCUUUGAGAUCUUUCCCGAAAUGGAGCACGACGAUAUAUACCUCGCCGGUGAGUCGUAUGCUGGCCAGUGGAUCCCGAAUAUCGCUCAGGCGAUCGUCGAACGCAACAAGGCCAACUCAGCACGUCCCUGGAACCUCGCUGGUCUGAUGAUUGGUAAUGGGUGGAUAUCCGGGCCGGAGCAAUACAUCUCAUACAUCCCAUUCGCAUACGAAGUCGGUCUCAUACGCUCUGGCGACGAGGUUGACAAACUCGCCCGCGAGCAGGAAAAGACAUGUCUCGCGGAGCUCCAGAAAGACAAGGACAACAAACUUAUCGAUAUCCAUGCCUGCGAACAGAUCAUGCAAACUAUCAUGGCAAACACCCGGCACGAUGGUGAUUGUGUCAACAUGUACGAUACGCGCCUGCGCGAUUCAUUCCCUUCAUGUGGAAUGAAUUGGCCUCCGGACCUGGCAUACGUCAAGCCCUACCUACGGCGUGACGAUGUGCUUAGUGCGCUUCACAUUGACCGGGACAAGAAUACUGGCUGGGUAGAAUGUAAUGACGGAGUUGGCCGUGCCUUUACUGCACGCAACUCCGAGCCGAGCGUUCAUCUCCUACCGGAGCUCCUCGAACACAUGCGCAUCGUGCUCUUCAGCGGCGAUAAGGACAUGAUCUGUAAUCAUAUCGGAACCGAGAAUGUCAUCAACAAUCUCAAAUGGAACGGCGCCGUGGGCAUGGAGAUAUCUACGGGCAUGACUGCUCCAAAGCAAGAAUGGACGUUCGAGGGAGACUCAGCGGGCAGCUAUCAGACCGCACGCAACCUCACGUAUCUCCGCUUCUACAACGCGAGCCACAUGGUCCCGUUCGACUACCCGCGUCGCACUCGAGAUAUGCUGGACCGUUUCAUGGGCGUCGACAUUGCUUCCAUUGGCGGCAAGCCCACUGACUCUCGCAUUGAUGGCGCGAAGAACAUCGAGGUCAGCGUCGGAGGACACCCGAACAGCACCGCUGCUCAAGAGAAAGAGGCCGACCGUCUGCAACAGGCAUCGUGGGCGGCGUACCGACGCUCCGGCGAGGUGGCGUUGGUGAUUGUGCUAAUCGCUGCAGCGUGCUGGAGUUAUGUCAUCGUCCGUGAACGAAGGAAGAGGAAGGGUUACACGGGCGUGCUUGGCUUGGAGCCAUUCGAUGAACAUGGAAGAAGCAUGAGCGAUGGACUGGGAUUGAACGGCAGCGCACGGAAAGCGAGGAGGGAUGUCGAGGCAGCGAGAGCUUACGACGAGGCGGAGCUGGACGAUUUGAGUCCGGCGGGGAGGAAGGAGAGAGGUGCCGACGACGGCGACGAGUUUGGGCUUGCGGAUUCAGAGGAUGAGGAUGAGGAUGAUCGAAGAGCGCACGGCCGGGCGAACGGACGUAGUUGA